CACCAUAGCAAAGAAGAGAGCUCGCGUCUUCACCGAUUCAGAAAACUCACCACUCAAUCUCCACUCCGGAGCUUCGACGUAGUCUUCACCCCGAUUUCCUUUCUAAUUCCCUAGUCAAUUAAGCUCCGAUUGAGCCAAAUUAGUUCGCAGUUGGAACCCUAGAUCUCGUCACAGGGAUGGCUGGUCAAUCCGAUCCCCAUGUGUCUCUCUUUUCUGCAGAGGAGGUGGAAUUUAUUGCGGAAGACGAAAUGGUGGAGAUUGUGCCGAAUAUGACAAUUGAACGUCUCAAUUUCAUUUCUGGUGAUUUUGGGCCCUUCUUACCCCUAACAGUGAAUCAAGUGCCUCUGUGGCUGGCGGUAGCUCUGAAGAAGCGAGGAAAAUGCGCAAUUCGGCCUCCUCAUUGGAUGUCAGUUGAAAAUUUGACCAAAGUAUUAGAAGAAGAACGAGACUCACAAGGGGCAUUUCAGGCACUGCCAUUCCAUUAUGUGGAGAUUUCAAGACUUCUUUUUGAUCAUGCACGCGAAGACAUUCCUGACAUAUAUUUGGUAAGGUCUCUUAUUGAAGACAUUAGGGAUGUACGGCUUCACAAAGUUGAGACCAGUUUAGAGAAGUUUAGUGGUACAUCUGCUGUGAAGAUUCCAAAUUUAUCUGCCAUGGAAGUGAAUAUAAUCCGUCCAUUUGUUGGGAGAGCUCUACAGGCAUUCUAUAAGCAUGAUAAUCCAGAGAAAAUACCAGAUAUAGAUAGAGUUUCCAGUGGGCAAUCCCGAGUAGCAAAUAGCGAGCCACCAAGACGGCCUUUGAGGAGAUAACAAAUCAUUAACUUCUCUAGUUGGAUUCCAAUCUUUAAAUCUGGAAUUUCAGCCUGCCUGCCAGUAUUGAAGGUAGUUCUUAUUCUCUUUGAAACCAUUUCAAGAGAAUGCUAACCAGUGCCUUGCUCAUUGUAGUUUUAAAAUAAUUAUAGUCUGUGUUGAAUCCUUUGUUGGGUAAUGUUAUUAACUUAUUAUUAUUAUUAUAAACCGUUAAGAUUUUUUUUUUUUCCCAUAAAUCAGUGAUAACUUAAAUGCAACCAAUUUGGAUCCGUGGAAAAUUGAUUGAUAGUUAGUGCAACAUGGCAUUGCACUAUACUUUUUUAGCUGGUAGAUAUCUCUAGUGUUCAUUUCAGACCUAUACUAUCAUAUUUCAAGAAUCUAAAUUGAAUUGUAAUUUUGAAGUCUAUUUCAAGAAGAAGUUGAACCGUGAGAUGUCUAGGUGAUGUAUAGGAACACAAUUUUAAGGAUUAUCAAAUGUAGCUCUAGCUGUCAGCAGCAACGUUCAAGUUGUUAAUUAUUCAUUUCUUAGUGGUUAUCUCUGUAACUUUUCUUUUCUCAGUCAUUUCUUAUGUCAACUCCGAAUUGAUUGUUACCUGUA